GUAGUAGUGGCCCCGCCGUCGCUUUACAUCCAACACGUACGACAUGCACUAACUAAGAAGGUCGAAGUUGCGGGCCAGAACUGUUACAACGUGGCCAAGGGCGCUUUUACCGGGGAAAUCAGCCCGGCGAUGUUGAAAGAUGUCGGUUGCAGCUGGGUGAUUCUUGGCCACUCGGAACGACGUCAGAUUAUCGGAGAAUCUGAUCAGUUUAUUGCUGUAAAGGUUAAACAUGCUUUGAGCGAAAAUCUUGGCGUCAUCCUGUGUAUCGGCGAAACACUCGAAGAACGUAAAGCCGGGGAAACGCUUGAGGUUUGUACUCGUCAACUCCAAGCCGUCCUU